AUGCUCAGGUUUAAUAAAGAAAAGCUGCUGGUGGAGAAUCCAGGUGAUCAAACGGUGUUAUCCGCAUUAUGGCAUGGGGUUCGGCCGAAUGGGCGUCUAAUGGCCGAAGUAUCAAAGAGUUUGACAGAGAUAACUCUUCGCGAGUUCAUCAAAAAGACAGAGGAGUAUAUUAAUCAAGAGAAAAUGAUUAAGGCUCUAACGAAAGGUCAGGAGGAAGAAGACCGAGAAGAGGAUGUCAAAAAGGAGCUACCUGCAACGUUUACUCCAAAGGAAGGGAAAUUCCAGAAGAAAGUAGCAAAGAAGACUAUACCAACCUUUCCAAAGAUAGAACCACGGAGCCGCGAAGAUAGAAGGUUUACGCCUUUGAAUGCCGGGGUCAAUGAAGUGUUUAUGGAAAUUAGAAGAGACCCAACCUUCAGGUGGCCGAGUAAGUUAAGGGGUGAUUCGAGAAAGCGAGAUCGAAUGAAGUUCUGCGAAUACCAUAAUGAUCAUAGGCAUUUGACAGAAGAUUGUAUAACCUUACGACAGGAGAUCGAAACCUUCAUCAGAAAUGGAAGGCUUGUGAGGUUCCUUGCAGAAGAAAGGAAUCGGGACGCAGUUCACCAAUAG